AUUUUUUAUCAGAGAACUCAGCAGUCAGCAGGGUAUGGUGUGGGGUAUAUAGUGAGUGUACUAUUAAAGUAGACUAUAAAAUGGCCGCCGAAGGAAAAAUAGAAAUUAUUCGCGGGCAGAAUUUCGAAUGUGGCCCCCGAUACACUAAUUUAGCUUAUAUUGGAGAAGGAGCUUACGGCAUGGUUGUGUCUGCUUAUGAUAAUCUGACCAAAACCAAAGUUGCCAUAAAGAAAAUUUCACCAUUUGAGCAUCAGACCUACUGUCAACGCACAUUGAGAGAAAUCAAAAUCUUGACUCGCUUCAAGCAUGAAAAUAUCAUCGACAUACGGGACAUAAUUCGUUCUGUUGACAUCGACCAAAUGAAGGAUGUAUACAUAGUCCAGUGUCUAAUGGAAACUGACUUGUACAAACUUCUGAAAACCCAGAGGUUGAGCAAUGACCACAUAUGCUACUUUCUCUACCAAAUCUUGCGUGGUCUCAAGUACAUUCAUUCUGCUAAUGUUCUUCACCGUGAUUUGAAACCAUCAAACCUACUUCUAAAUACUACAUGUGAUCUCAAGAUUUGUGACUUUGGCCUUGCAAGAGUAGCCGAUCCAGAUCACGAUCAUACUGGUUUCCUGACAGAGUAUGUCGCCACACGCUGGUAUCGAGCGCCAGAAAUUAUGCUUAAUUCAAAGGGCUACACAAAAUCGAUUGAUAUCUGGUCUGUUGGAUGUAUCUUGGCGGAGAUGCUUUCAAACCGACCCAUUUUCCCCGGAAAACAUUAUCUAGAUCAACUUAACCAUAUUCUCGGAGUCCUUGGAUCACCGACACCAGACGAUCUCCAGUGUAUAAUCAAUGAAAAAGCACGGAGUUAUUUGCAAUCACUUCCCUACAAACCCAAAGUACCAUGGACGAAACUUUACCCUAAUGCCGACCCCAAAGCUCUGGAUUUACUGGACAAGAUGUUGACGUUCAACCCACACAAACGAAUUGUUGUGGAGGACGCGUUGGCUCACCCUUACUUGGAGCAGUACUAUGACCCAGCGGAUGAGCCCAUAGCGGAGGAACCAUUCAAAUUUGAAAUGGAAUUGGAUGAUUUGCCAAAAGAAAAAUUGAAGGAGUUGAUUUAUGAAGAAACGAUCAUGUUCAAAGAGCGCAUGGAUCGAGAACAACCAAUGGGCGUUUGAAAUCUCCCUAGGUUUAUUAUGUGUUUCCUGUGCUAUUAAGGUACUUGCUAAGAAUUGGAUAAAAAUGGAGGACGAGUCGGCCAAGGCCAAGGCCGCGAGAGUGUUGACGAUUCAAUUUUGAAUGGCAUUGGGCUUUCUUGUUAUCAUUAUUAGUACUUCCAUUCUCUUAGUUCAUGUUUUCAAGUCCAAUUGAGCGUGUUCUGUGUGCGUGUGUUUUUUUCUCUCUUUCCAAUGCUCUUCUUUUUUUUUCAUUAACUAAAGAUAUCACGUCCAAUUGUUGCAUUCCGUUGUCCCUAGCUGUCCUUGGCCUUCAUCCGCUCAGUUCCGAUUUAGCCUAAUUUUAAGCCAAUCAAUGUUCAUAGAAUCCUUUGUCUAGAAACGAAAGCACACACACCUACACCUGAUUUAAGUUUUGAUCGUUUCGCUCACAUUUCAUCCCUUCACCCCACCCAAAAUUACCUAUCGACGGAAUCCGAAGUGAUACAUGUCCUUACCUGCGCUCCUUUAUCAUUGUGUACAGUACAAUUCAACGCAGACGCCCCUUUUUUUUCGCCUCUAUCUGCCAAUCCCGCCCUAGCCCCACCUUUUCCUUUUUCAUUCGGGGGUUUAGUUAAUUUCACCUCAGUGUUUUUCCUGCAUCCUUGCCUCUGAGGUCACCUUUCCCGAGGUUUUUUGCGUAUUACUUGGUUACGAGUGUCCUGGUCGUUGUCAUUUUGCUUAUAGCAACAACCGGGUCGAUGAAUUUGUAUUCACCGCACUUUCUAUCUUCCUCGUCCUCCCACUUUUCCCGCCCUCGCCUCGUUGAAAAAUUUGGCCAACAAAAAACAAAAAAAAAUAAAUAACAAAAACAAGUCGAUUUUCAUUGCUGUAUUGUAGCGUCGCGGCAAUAAUACAGUGUAUAUAAAUGUUCAA